AUGGAUUCUGAUGAGGAGGUCACGAGUAGGUUGAGACAUGAACCAGAGGCUGUCCCUGACCCUGGCCCUAGCCAUGGCCAUGGCCCUGUCAAAGAAGAAGAGGCUGUCCCUAGAAGAGGUCAGCCAAAGCCAAACAAAAGACAAAGACGUAGUCCUACCACUAAUUCAACUCCUCAUGAGAUAACUGUGGAUGUGGGUCAGGAUGUUGUGACUAAACUAAGAGAAUGGGCUGUGAGUUCUGGAUCAUUAGAGAUUCUUUCUGUUAAUGGCAAAGUAUCUUAUGUAGCUCUUUUUAAUCGAAGGAAUGAACCUACUCGAAGUUUUUAUGAGAUUCUAUCUUUGUCUUGUCCAAAAGUCCAAGUUGGUAAUGAAAUAAAGUUCACCGUUUCAUUAUCUGAUCCAACUACCGGAAAUAUUUUUAUUGGACGUCCAUUUGUACUACUAGCUUCCAGUCCUGUUAAGAUUAGUGUUGCGAGUUUCGGUUCACCAACCCUAAUGUCCAACCCUAAGCCUAGUGUUACCAACACUGGACCUGCCCAAGACCUAGCCCCAAUAUCAUUGGACGGAGAGGUGAAAGUCCAAAAUUGGAUUGAGCAAUCGGCCCAAUCACCUACAGGUCCAGAAGGGAUCUCUGGUGAUCACGAUACCAGGGAAGGAGGAGAAGCAGAGCAACGGAACAACGAUGAAGAACUUCCAGCGCGUGCUAGGAGGGUGCGCGUGAAACCAAGAUGGCUCAAAGAGUUUGUUAGCAUGGAGAGACUUUGA